AUGAGCGAUCCGUCUCCAGGCCUUGUCCCGAUUAUUGAUCUUGCCGCUUCGGCUCCGACGGAAGAGCAGGCAAACGACCUAUGCAAGGCAUUUCGCGAGGUAGGCUUUGCCUAUAUCAAAAACCACGGUAUUCCAGAAGAGACAAUCCAAGAAGCAUUUUCCUGGAGCCGCCAAUUCUUCGACCUGCCGCAGAGUGAAAAGGACAAGGCGCCGCAUCCGCCGGAAGGAUGGCACCACCGCGGCUACUCGAGCAUCGGCCGCGAAAAGGUCUCCCAGCACGUCUUUGACGCCGCCUCCAUCGCGCAGCACCGCAAGAUCCCCGACCAAAAGGAGUCGUUUGACCUCGGCCGCGAGGAUGACGCGGCGCCCCUGCCCAACAUCUGGCCGCCGGCCGCGACGCUGCCCGGCUUCCGCGCCUUCUUCGUCGACUUUUACCGGCUCUGCGACGGCCUUGCGGCGCGGCUCCUCGUCGCCGUAUCCCGGGGGCUGGGCCUACCGGACGACUACCUGCUGGCGCGCCACCGCGGCCACGACCACCAGCUGCGGCUGCUGCACUACCCGCCCGUGGCGGCGUCGCUGCUGGCGCGUGGCCUGGCCGAGUGCGUCGGCCCGCACAGCGACUUUGGCACCAUGACGCUGCUGUUCCAGGACGCCGUCGGCGGGCUGGAGAUGGAAGACGGCGUCGGUGGCUUCCGACCGGUGCCGUACGUGGCCGGCACGGUUGUGGUGAAUAUCGGCGACAUGCUGAUGCGCUGGACGAAUGAUGAGCUGCGGUCGACGAUUCAUCGGGUCAGGACGCCCGCUGAUGAUGAGGUCGAGGGGCGGACGGGGGAGCGCAUGACCAAGAGGCGGUUCUCGAUGCCGUUUUUCAUUGGUGCGGAUCUGGACACGGUGGUGGACUGCGUGCCGACGUGUCACGGGCCGGAGAGGCCCAAGAGGUAUGAACCGGUGACGGCGGAGGAGUACUUUACCAAACGGAUGAAUGCGCUGUACUGA